AUGGGUGGUCACGUCGACUACGAUCCGGCGCUCCUAAAAUGGAAUGAAAUGCACCGCAACCGCACCAAGUUCUUCCGUCUCAAUUCUAGAGCCGCUAAAUUAACCUUCUGGAUGGUCGUUGCUAUCCCUGCUGCUACGCUAGGACUGUCAUAUUGGAGCGAGGGGAGAUAUGAAUUAAAGGGAAAGAGACGGGGUGAUAUUAUUAAGGAGUUCUGA